UUCAUUUUCACCUUUCUUCUUUCUAUUCUCUUCCCCUAAUUUCUGGCCCCUCUUCCUCUUACUCACUCACUCAAUCAGAUCCAUUCCUUUUUCCUUCCUUCAUUCAUUUCCCCCUUUUCGUUUGAGGGCUGCUUUUUUCUCCAGCUCUCUAACGAUCGAUCCACUCUCCCAAAUUCCAACCUAAACAACUUGAAAUAAAAAAAUACUGCUAAUUCCCUUCUCCUUGAAAAUUCUUCAACGGAAGUAUAUCGAUUACCUCAUUUCCCACAACAUUUCAUUUGACACAGAAAUUCAAGGCACAGUGUUGCUUUGAAGAGAAAUCACUCUGUUUUCGGAAUUUAUUUUGAGGCGAAACGCCGCAAAUUCAAUCUCAUUUUAACGUAAUAGAAGGGGAUUUUCCCUGGCCCUAAUAUUAAUCGGGUGGGGGUUAUGGUGUUGUUGUGAUUCGAAACAGUUGGCGAUCAAUUGUGAGUGAUGGAUAUUGCGUCGCAGUUGAAGCGCGGGAUCUCGCGCCAGUUCUCGACGGGGUCGUUGAAGAUGAGCCGGAGAUUCAGUUUCCAGCGGCAGAACUCGAUGGAUCCGCGGCGGAACAAUUUCCGGUUCAGCUUCGGGCGGCAGUCGUCGAUGGACCCCAUACGGCGGACUCCGGUGACGGAAGACUGCGCCGAGGAGGAGAUGACUGUGCCGAGCAACCUCGACAGCACAAUGCAGCUGCUGUUCAUGGCGUGCAAGGGCGACGUGGAUGGGUUGCGGGAUUUGCUGGAUGAAGGGAUUGAUGUCAACAGCAUUGAUUUGGAUGGCCGGACAGCGCUGCACAUCGCUGCCUGCGAGGGUCACGUCGAGGUCGCCAGGCUUUUAUUGAGCAGGAAGGCCAAUAUCGAUGCUCGGGAUCGAUGGGGCAGCACGGCUGCCGCUGAUGCCAAAUAUUAUGGAAAUGUGGAAGUUUUUAAUAUGUUGAAAUCUCGUGGAGCUAACGUUCCAAAAACCAAAAAGACACCCAUGACGGUUGCAAAUCCUCGUGAAGUUCCAGAGUAUGAGCUCAAUCCAUUAGAUAUUCAAAUACGAAGAGGUGAUGGCAUAUCUAAGGGAUCUUAUCAAGUUGCUAAAUGGAAUGGCACUAAAGUUUCAGUGAAGAUACUCGACAAGGAUAGCCAUGCAGAUCAUGACUCGAUAAAUGUGUUCAGGCAUGAAUUAACCUUGUUAGAAAAGGUUCGGCACCCUAACGUGGUUCAGUUUAUUGGUGCUGUCACCCAAAAUAUACCUAUGAUGAUUGUUAUGGAGUAUAAUUCAAAAGGUGACCUUGCUAGUUACCUUCAAAAGAAAGGGCGUCUAUCCACGUCUAAGGCAUUAAGAUUUGCUCUUGAAAUUGCCAGGGGCAUGAAUUGUCUUCACGAGUGCAAGCCCGAACCAAUCAUACAUUGCGAUUUAAAGCCAAAAAAUAUUUUGCUGGAUUUUGGAGGGCAGCUGAAGGUUGCAGGGUUCGGUGUUACUAGGUUGUCAGCACAGGCACCUGAUAGAGUAAAACUUUUGCAGCCUGAAGCCACAGAUCGUUCAAAUGUGUACUUAGCACCGGAGGUGUACAACAACGAAGCAUUUGACAGAAGUGUGGACGUGUACUCUUUUGGUGUUAUGCUAUUUGAGAUGAUGGAGGGCUCUCCGCCAUUUUCUUCAAAAUCUCCUGAGGACGCUGCUAAGGUGAUUUGCUUAGAAGGGAAGAGACCAUCAUUUAAGUCAAGAUCUAAUAAAUCUUUUCCUCCAGAAUUGAAAGAGUUGAUCGAGGAAUGCUGGCAUUCAAGUCCCAGUGUGAGGCCGACAUUCUCACAGAUCAUAAUACGAUUGGAUAAGAUUGUCAUGACAUGCUCCAAGCAAGGAUGGUGGAAGGACACUUUCAAACUCCCCUGGUAUGCUCACACGUUCUUUCUUUUUAUACGAAUUAUAGCACAAAGCAAAAAACGAAAACAUGAUAAAACUGGCUAUCCAGUUUGUCACUAUGUGACUAUGUUUGGGUGCAUUGUCAAGCUAAAGAUUUUUUAUUAAAUUUUUCGAAUACAAAUACAUGAGAUAAGGCGAGUAUUUAAAGUGAGAAGCACGCCUAAUAAGGGAUUUUGCUGAAACUGAGAAACAAAAAUGGACUAAAUGAGGCGUGUGAUGAUUAAUAAGAUGUAUCGUUGUGCAGGAAAUAAGGGGGGGGGGGUGUAUCCGACGAUAAUCCAUUACUUUCUUUGAACGUAAGAAGCCUGUACAGUACGCCACGUUCAAAGAAAGUAAUGCAGGAUUAUGAGCCAGUGAAGGGGCACACACAUAAGCCCAAGAGCGUUUGUAUUUACACACUGUAAUAUAAUCGGAGUUGAGUUUAUAUGUGCAUAUUUUUUGUUGCCGUACUUGUAUGUGAGUUAAUGUUAAUACCCUUUCAUUUCUU